UCUCAUUGUGAGGCAUUCAGUCUCGCGACUACAUAGAGCAUAGAAAGCGUCUUUAGACAAUAACACUUAUGGUUGUGCUUUUGUUCUAUGAUCUUUUUGGGUUUACGCUUCCCCUUUUAAUACGCGAACUUCCACUGCCCAUUUGCCCUUUAGUAAAAACUCCUUUCCUCCUGAAGCGGACUUGUUUCUGCAAUCGUGUUCAGUGAAUUUGUUUAUAUGUAUGUCAAAAAAAAUUGCGCCUUCCUUCGCGCUUCUGCCACAGUCAAUUGCCACCCCACUGUAUGAAGCUGAAGCAGAAGCACAAGAAGUCGGUUUGAGGGUUCGGUGUCAAAAGCUUACUGACCAAUACUUUCCACAAUGCUACGCUGUCACUCCUUCUCUUUCAAGCGAAAUUCUCAAUUUCUCACUUGGUUCGCGAGCGAACUUCUCCUAUUCUAAAAGCCAGAAAUAUGCAAUGUCCGAAGCAAUCUCGUUGUCCAAUGCUUCCAGGUUGGAUGUUCAGAAUCAGCUGAUGUCUAUAUCAGAUGAGUACACACCGCUAAGUGGCAAUACCCAUAUCCAACCCUCGACAUUAGUCAGCCUUUCGUCAUAUCUUGCGCCUCGAAAUCCAAAAAAUUUGAACACCUUCACAGUUUCCCAUCUUCGUCGAUUUAGGAAGUCUUCUAGAAAUCUCGAGAACAUCUGGUUGAAGUUUAAGACAAUGCUGUGCAUCCCAAAAAAACGUUUUCUGGACGUGAGCCACCCCUUUUAAAAAGCAAAUCCCAUCUUUUUACACCAAGGAGAUUCGCUCCGGCAAGGUGGCGCUAGAGAAUUAGCGUCCUCAUACGUCAUAUAGUCAUACAACGCCUUCCCUGAAUAGGCGAAUCGCCGAUCGUUCUCAGGCCCGCUCCUAAACCUAUCAACGCUGGCAUAACUCCCUGCAC